CCGCGGCCUGGCGCGGCGCGCUGGACGUCCGGAGCCGGAGUUGGGUGAUUUGGUCCUCCUCCCGCUCGGGCGGCGUGCGCGCCGUGUGGCUGCGGGCCGGGAUGUUACCGGGUAACGUCACGGUGGGAGAGGAGGAAGAAGAGUAUGCGGAGGAUUGUCCUGAAUUGGUCCCCAUUGAGGCGAAGACAACCGAGGCGGAGGAGAAGCCUGGCCUUGGCGUUAAGAUUCCGGUGACGAUCAUCACCGGGUAUUUGGGUGCUGGCAAGACAACACUUCUGAACUACAUUUUGACAGAGCAGCAUUGUAAGAGAAUAGCGGUUAUUUUAAAUGAAUUUGGAGAAGGAAGUGCGGUAGAGAAAUCCUUGGCUGUCAGCCAAGGUGGCGAGCUCUAUGAAGAGUGGCUGGAACUUGGAAAUGGUUGUCUCUGCUGCUCAGUAAAGGACAGUGGCCUUAGAGCUAUUGAGAAUUUGAUGCAGAAGAAGGGAAAAUUUGAUUACAUACUGUUAGAGACCACUGGGCUAGCAGAUCCUGGUGCUGUGGCUUCCAUGUUUUGGGUUGAUGCUGACUUAGGGAGUGAGAUUUAUCUUGAUGGUAUCAUAACUGUUGUAGAUUCAAAAUAUGGAUUAAAAUUGCUGGAUGCUGCGCAUUUAACAGAAGAAAAACCCGAUGGCCUUAUCAAUGAAGCGUCUAGGCAAGUUGCUUUGGCAGAUAUGAUUCUCAUCAAUAAAACAGAUUUGAUUUCAGAAGAGGAGUUAAACAAAUUACGAACAACUAUUAGAUCCAUAAAUGGACUUGGAAAUAUCUUAGAAACACAAAGAUCAAGAGUUGAUCUCUCAAAUGUAUUAGAUCUUCAUGCUUUUGAUGGUCUGUCUGGAAUAAGUUUGCAGAAAAAACUUCAGCAUGUGUCAGCAGUACCUCAUCUUGAUCAGAGUAUUCUCACAGUCACUUUUGAAGUACCAGGAAAUGCCAAAGAAGAAAGUCUGAAUGUAUUUAUUCAGAAUCUCCUGUGGGAAAAGAACGUGCGAAACAAGGAGGAGCGCUGCAUGGAGGUCAUCCGGCUGAAGGGACUGGUAUCUCUCAAAGACAAACCACAACAGGUUAUCCUCCAAGGGGUCCAUGAGCUGUAUGACCUGGAGGAGACGCCCCUGAGCUGGAAGGAGAACAGUGAGAGAACAAAUCGACUAGUCCUUAUUGGCAGGAAUUUAGAUAAAGAUAUCCUUAGGCAACUAUUUAUCACUACAGUGUUGGAAACUGAAGAGCCGUGGACCUCGGCAGAUCCCAUUUGUCCCUAGCGCUGCGGUCAUUCUUGUGAACAGGACUCUGUCAUGAAAAGAAAACAGGGAUGUUUCUGGCUGCUGUAUUUCAACCAGCUUUUCUCAUUACUUCUGUGCUGAAUUCCAGUGUACUUGAAACUGUAUUUAUUUAACAGAAUACGUAAAAUGUCAAUCAAUACUGUAAAAACAUUUGGCAUUCAUGCAAUAAAAUAUAUCCUCUGAAUUUGUUUUUAGAGACAGUAUUUCCCAAAAAAAUUCCAUAAUUCAUCUUUAUUUCCCUUGGGACUUUAGCUGAUUACAGCGAUAUAAUACAUUAUUGUUAUUAACAAAAGUUCUUAAGGCAAGUAUUGUCAUUGUUAAUUAAGUGAAACAAUUAUUUGCUGUCUCUAGAGAUUUUAAAAGUGGAGGAAAAUCUCUCAUAAUUAGUGAUGAACUGUAGUUUUAUAAUAUAUUUAGAGGAGUCCAAUUAUAGUGCUUUAAGUAGCUUUUACUGCUAGUAUUAAAUUCAUCAUGAUUAUUUUGGAGUUCCUCAGGUCUCAGGUUUUCUUACAUGAUGCAGUGUAAGCCACCGGCUAGCUACAGAAGUGGUUUCAUCCUGACAUUUCCAUACGUGUAUAGUGCACUUCAGUCUUGCUCAUUCCUUCUUUUGCCUUCUGAGCCCUUUUCCUCUCUCAGUGGACCCUUCCUCUUCACAGUUACCCACUAACUUUCAUACCUUUUUUGUUUGUUGGUUUGUCUGAUCUUUUUUCCAAACAGAAAUGCCCAUGUAAACAGA